UCUGCAGCAAACAGCUUGGGCCCCCUCUCCCUCCUCAGGUACUCACGUUGCACCGACCCUCCACUAUCCAGAUUGCGGGGUGAAUAUUGACGAUUGGAUUGGGAAGGAGGCGGAAGCAUUCACCUACCACCUACCACUUCCCACUUCUCACCACCUUCAUACCUCUCCUCGCAGCUUCAGCCUUCACCACCUUACAAUUCUACUACAGACAGUAGAUCAUAGAGAUGCACCUCAUAAAUCACGUCCUAAAUCACGUCCUCCCCCGGUAUUGAAUUUCGUCAGCGCAUGGCCAUUGACCGCAGCUUCAGAGUCAAGAGGUGCAGUGCAGGCUGAGAGGACCACCACUACCUACCAACACUACUCCCACUCCCCGUCCUGACUGUACCACUUACCUACCACCCACCACGACUAGCCUCCGUCCGUGGUACCUUGACACCUGGACCCCCUCCUCCGGCUCUUCGAAACUCUCUCUCCCGCCCUAUCCACCCAUCCCUCAAGGUUCCCGUUGCCGACCUACUUCUACAACUAGCCUCUAGGACCCCUCGAAUUUGGGGAGUGAAGAAAAUCUGCUCAAACCUGCUCAUCCUGACCCAACGACUCUGACACCUCCAAACACAACACACAUGGAUCCCCAAGGAUAGCAUACCAUCAAUCCACCAUCCAGAGCAAGAUUGGCCCUAGGAAGAACGUCACCAACCCCAGUCCGAGUCUCAAGAGUCCCCUCACCCUUCCAGUGUAGCUGGUUGCGAUCACCAAUCCACCGGCUUGCCGCAGAGCUUGAUGCGCCUGGCAGAUCCGGAAGCACAGCGACGCUUAUCUACAGAUUGGCACAAGCACGGAGCACGUUUCGACAAGGUCCAAACGUGUGUUGAAGUCGCAAACUUUCCAGGCGCAACGAGGUUAUUUCAACGACCCUCAAGUCUGCUGUCACCAUAGCGGGUGCCACUUGUCCAACGUAGCAACCGCCAACCGACAAUCUAAAGGGGCGAGUCCUAAACUGGCCCAAGAUGCCUCUCAUAAAUGGAAUGAAAAUGGCCUGGUAUGUUUCUUCCCUAGAAUGUAGAGCACGUUGGCCAAGGUUGUCAUGGGAGCCGCUGUCAUUGUCAGCAUCAAGAACCACCCCUCGGCUCCUCAAUGGUCUUGGAAAUCUUUGGUGACACCAACCAGCUAAUCUGACCUUCACAGUGAGCCAUGCAUACGAGGCCAUCGAUCCACGAAAUGUACUCACGCGAGCGAACGACUAAUGGUUCCCGUACGAAAACCAGGCCGACCCCUUAGCCAAUGCCCUCACCCGGGGGGACAAGCUUGUAUGUGUGGGAGUGUAACAGCGGCUAUUCCAAGAAAGCAGACAUGCGGUUGUGGAGGAGAGAGUUCCAUGGCCACAAACCCGGCGACGCCAGUGGUAUCCCACACGAGCAUAUCAGAAUUACCCUCGCCAACAAAAUCCACUUUCAAAGUACAGAAGUUUACCAGACCACCACCGGGAAGUAGAAAGCAAUCAUAUGAUCCAGUGAACUUCGAAAGAAUGGAUAUGAGUAGUGUCAAUAUUAUCUCCUACAAACAACAAAUCCCAAAUAUGCCACUGAGUAUGUCUGCGCCAGGCGGAUUUCCAAUAGUUGGUCAGCCUCAAGUCUACGGAUACCCGCCUCAAUAUGGAAACAUACAGGCCCAGUUGAACCACGUUACUAUGCAACCACUUCCAAUGCCCUACAGCUCAUCCCCGAUAAUGGGUAUCAAUGGAUUUAGCAAUGGAUCUAUACAUGAAAAGGAAACUUAUACAAUCGAAAGUCCAAUAAGCGCCCCAGUUAUUUAUAACAACGGAAACACAAUUACGGUAACGAAGGCCGGCUCAUGUUGUGCGCCACCACCGUCGCCUUUGACUCCUACCAAUGGAAAUCAUAUCAACAAAGUCCAGACCAACGGCAGGUCUUCGGUAUCCUCAAACGGGGGUUCAUGUUGCGCCCCGAAGCAGAAGACCCAUCAUCAAACGUCAUCUACUGGCACAACUACAUCAGAGCCAGAGGAGCUUCAAGUAAGCAGUUGCUGCUCUUCCAAGCCUACACAGGCGACGAAGCGGGAGACAACUUCUAUUAAUGGCACUCCGAUCAACACAAACCCUCCAAGUCCAACCCACAUUAUGGCACAAGGUAAUAUGCCAUUCACACAACCUUUCUAUCCUCAAUAUCUACCAAAUGAUCCAACGGUAUUUAUAUACCCACCGACGUAUGGCUCAUUUCAAAAUCCGCUUCAACCAUCUGCAUGGAGAGAGAGCAUGCGCACGAAUAAUUAUUCGUCACAUUCUCCGCUUCCAAUGCCUGAUACUACGGCUUAUAAUGGAUCGCAGAUUUCGGAUGCCCCAGAUACAGUUCAUACAUGCUGUUGUGGAGAUUCCUGCGAAUGUGUUGGUUGCGCAGCUCAUCCUUAUAAUGAUGCAAGUCAAAGCUAUGUCCGUUCAGCCUAUCAGUCCAUGACUACCGAUCAUUCAGGAGGCGAUCUGUAUACAAAUGGUCAAUCCCACACAAACGGGGUUGAAAAUGGGAACGGUAAUAGUAAGAUUUCGGAACCCGUAGCUUCACCUACUGCACAUACCCCAUCUAGUACGACAUCAGGAAAUGCAGAAGAGCAAAGUCUUUCUGCUUCGGAUUUCUUCUUCGUUAAUUAUCCAUUUUCGAGUGAUGGAUGUGGAGGAGAUACCAUGAAUUGUCUUUGCGGUGAUGAUUGUGAGUGUUUAGGAUGCACAAUACAUCGACAACCUAUACCAGGAAUGCCCUGUGGAGGCGAGGAAAAUACCUGUCCAUGUGGUGACAACUGCGAAUGCAUAGGAUGCACAAUACAUCAAAGUAUGCGGGCAUCCGCGUGAUGAUUGACACGAUGAUAUGAAUAUCUUCAUGGGAGGCACAUUUGAGCGUUUGGGAGUUCUUGGAGGCAUCAAUGGCACUUAUUGGUCCCUUUUAGGUUGGGUCAGUUUGGGGUCAAAAUGGAGGAAAGCGAUCGAUUUUGUUGGCAACUACUUGUAGACGGGCUCUUUUUCCUGGUGUCUAUCUUUUUUGGGAUUGGAAGAAUGAUACCCUGUGAUUUCCUUUCUUGGGCCUAGAACUUGGGAGUGGUAUCGAGA